AUGUUUGGUUCAGUUGACAAUACCAGCAAAGAUGAGGUCGUUCUGAUAUCCAUAACCCCCAAGGCAACUGCCUCGCACCAAGAACCAUCUAUCGCAGACACGAACCCCUUGGACGGAGAGGAACUCGAACGUCAAAGAUCAAAUGUUCACAAUAACACAAUCAAUAGUGUGCUAUGGCUUCCUCGUGCUUCAACAAGUUCGGACGGCACGGGUGCGCGCAUCCAUCGUGGUCUCGCCGCCGAGAAGGACAUAAGUCUAUUCGGAAGUUUCCGUCACUUUCCCAAAGCCAUCAUCUGGUCACUGCUCCUGUUUCUGACAGUCGUAAUGGAGGCCUACGAUAAGUCGCUUAUUUCCGGAUUCAUUGCGUUUCCUUCGUUCAGACGCAAAUAUGGCGAACCAAGACUGCCGGGCGCCAACUCCAUACAGGACAAAGACUAUGAGAUCUCGCCAUUGUGGCAGAUGGGAAUUCAGAAUGCUGCAGUAACUUGCGAGAUCAUUGGGCUCCUUGCCCAUGGGUACAUCACUUAUGCUAUCGGGUAUCGCAAAAUGAUGAUGAUUGCUCUUGGAUGGUUGUGUCUAGCCAUUUCCCCAGCUUUCUUUGCUCAGAACAUCGCUGUACUACUUUCUUCCCAAGCCCUUUGUGGCCUAUCAUGGGGAGUCAUCCAGACCUUGGGGGCGACUUACGCUGCUGAGAUUGUGCCUUCAGCUGUACGAGCCGUCGUUCUCAGCAAUGUGAAUAUGUGUUGGCUCAUUGGCCAGCUACUGGGCACUGGCAUUCUGAGAUCACUCAUCGACAACACGUCCCAAUGGUCAUACCGGUUACCAUUUGCGCUACAAUGGGCUUGGGCGCUUCCAUUGCUCUUUGUCGUUUACUUUGCCCCGGAAAGUCCUUGGUGGCUAGUCCGACACGAAAGACUCUCAGAAGCACGACAGUCGCUACAAAGACUCACAAGCGGCAAGAACCUCAAUAUCGACGAUACGCUCGCUGUUAUGCAGCAUGUUAACGCGACAGAGAAAAAAUUGGGCUAUGGUGGCGCGAGCUUCUUUGAUUUGUUCAAAGGUUCGAACCGACGCAGGACUGAAGUUUGCUGCAUGACGUGGUCCUGUCAAGCCUUGUGCGGCGCCACCCUGACUGGAUAUGCUCCUUAUUUUCUGGAACAAGCUGGCUUCGAAUCCUCCAAAUCAUUCAGUCUCGCCACAGGAAUGUAUGGUCUCGGCAUCAUUGGCGGUAUGAUAUCCUGGAUGUUGCUAUCACUGAUUGGCCGGCGUAGGCUUUACCUUGCUGGGUUGAUAGCGGCAGUCAUCAUCCUUACCAUUGGUGGUAUCCUAUCGAUUGUUCUGGACGGCCAUCCUUCAAUGAAUUGGGCCCUCGGCUCUCUUAUCAUUUUGAUGACCUUUACUUACAACAUGACCAUCGGUCCAGCUUGUUAUGUUAUCGUGGCAGAAAUUCCAUCAACACGUCUAAGAGUCAAGACCGUUGCCCUGGCGAGGGUAGUCUACAAUGUCUUCACCAUCAUCAACAACGUUAUUGCGCCACAGCUUCUGAACCCAACCGCUUGGAACCUGGCUGGUAAAUCUUGUCUGGUUUACGCGAUCACGGCUCUCUUGUGUCUUAUUUGGUGCUAUUUUCGACUACCUGAGACAAAGAAGCUGUCGUAUCUUGAGCUAGACUUACUUUUCGACAAAGGGGCUCCUACGGCCAAGUUCAAAGAAUUACAGGACAGACUCGCUAAUACUGCGUACAUAUCAGUAUCGAGAGCAGAACGAAUGAGAAAUGCUUGGCAUGGUUGGCUUGCAUAUUCAUAG